AAACCUAAGAUUCGCGUUUACAGGUCUCACUAGUCAAAUAAAAUCAUUGCACUGACAAAAAAAUGGAAGUAAAAGUCUGGUUUUGUAUGUGUAUUUUUCUCAAUUGGAUUCUGCUGGCAUCAUCUUAUUCAAGAAAACUUUUGUAUUCAGUCCACAAUGCAAUUAUGGAAUUUGAUACUGAUACACACAAUGUGACAGUACUGGUUGAGCACGGAGGUGAUUAUGUGUAUGCCAUGGACUAUGAUUACAAAAACAGAUUCAUUUAUUUUCCAAGAUACAAUACCCGUGACAUCGUUCGAUUUCCAUAUUCCUCGAAGAACAUAACAUUACAGACAGUUAUCCAGUCAUUAUCAUAUCCAAUAGGAAUAGCUGUUGAUUCAACCAAUGAUCAUCUCUACUGGGUUGAUUAUAAUACACACAGACUCUCAAGAUGUAGUCUAAAUGGAAGCAAUAGGACUGUUCUUUCAACUCUAUAUCAUCCCAUUGUGAUACGAGUUGAUGUAAAAAACAGGUGGAUGUAUAUAGUUGAGAGCUUAUCAGGAAUAUCUAAGUCUAGAUUCGAUCUAUCUGAAAAGCGGACGAUCGCUAACUUUACAUCAAAACCUGUUUAUUGCAUGGAUAUAGAUCCGGAUGAGCAAAGACUGUAUUGGAUUAAUUACAAUGGUGACAUGAAAUCAGCUAAAGACGACGGCUCUGAUGUUAAAACAAUACUUUCAACAACUCCUAAUACAUACUACUAUGCUAUUGGUGUCAUCGGUAGUUACAUAUAUUAUGCCAAAAACAAUCAGCUGUUAAUGGUAUCUAAAACAUCAGAAUCCACGCCGACUGUUCUGUACAACGAUGUCAACCCUAUUUACAGUAUAUUUGUGUUUAAUGCAUCAGGUAUGUUCAUAACAAUUUAAAAUUAUUUGUAACGAUGCCAUAGUCAUCAAGCGAUUUGGGUUAACUCGUCUUUAAAAUAUCAUAUUAAAGUAUUAUACACACAAGCUUAGACAUUUAAUACUAGCAAUGUAAGUGAAAGUAAUACGACACACGGACAUUGCAUACACACACAAUACCUACUAGUUGUUCAUAAAAACUGAAUAAAGGUCAUAUGUGUAUGAAAAUAAAAUCAAUGUUGAUUUUAAAGUGCACAUUCUGAUUAAAUUUAAAUGCGCAUAUAUUGUUUGUCUCCAUAUUCUUAAAGAAUACUACUACAUUUUUUUUUAAUCUGCAUUACAUUCAUGUAACAUGUGAAGUACAGCACGAAUGAUUAAUUGUUUUGAUGAUGUUUUAAUUAAAUGGAAUAAAUAUCUAUGAAAGCAGUCAACCAUAUUUAUAGGACGUAGAAAGCUAUUUGAAAGAACAAAUCCGUUUGUAUUCAGUUGUGAAUUGUCAUAACUAACUGACCUGUACUUAGAAUUAUUAUUAAAGUUAAUCUUGCAAAUAUUUUUAACAUUGCAUUUUGUUUUCACAUCUUAUAAUUUAUUAUAGUCCUACAUGUGUUAAUAUUGUUUAUUUCGAUUUGCUAGUUGCUUCCUAAUUUU